AGGAGAAAUCAUUUCUAAAAUUUAAGAAAAAAAAUCAAAAUCGAGAAAAUGUCUGUAACCGCACAAUUCUCGCCGCCGGUCACCGGAAUAAACAUAAGGUUACGGAGAACAGCCUCGCUACCUUCCACCCAUCGUGUAUCUCCGUUUUACACUGAGAUACGAACUCGGGCGAUGAUUUGCGUGAGGAAAUCGCCGUAUCUGGUGGCUAAGGCUAUCGAGCAGAGCCGAGAUACGGCUGGAUCUGAAUCGGAGCAGGAGGCGACUCCGUCACCGGGGGAGAGUGGAAAGGGAGAAAAGGAGGUGGAGAUUAGCGAGUUGGGAGCAGAGAUAAAAGCGGCGAUGGAGCAGAGGAAAGCGGCGGAGGAGGAGGAAGGGAAGAAGGAGUUUCUGAGUGGAGUGGCGGAGGAAGUGAGGGAGAUUGAGUGGCCGGCGUUUCAGAAAGUGGUUGGGACUACCGGCGUGGUGCUUGGUGUCAUCGCCGGUUCGAGCGUCGUUUUGCUAACCGUGAAUUUCCUUUUGGCUGAACUUUCUGAUCGUGUCUUCAUCGGUAAAGGUGUUCAAGACUUUUUCAGCUGAUUUCGUCCAAAUUGUAUUUGUGUAGCAGCACAUGAUCAUAACCACACUCCGUUUUGAGCAUUACCUUAUUAAAUUUGUGUUUUAUUAUUUA